AUGGAACGACAAGAGAGCGGAUCUGGUAGCAAUCAAGACAGUCUCCCCGUAACUGCGACGGUAGACUCUGUUCCAGCUACAAAGGCGAAGAGCAGAGCCUGCGAUAUUUGCCAUAGACGAAAGGUCAAAUGCGACAGGAAUAAUCCAUCCUGCUCUGAGUGUGUCAAGUUUGGCGUUGAUUGUACAUACAUUCUGGCCGCAGCGCCGAAAAAGAUUACACGCCACAGACCCAAGCGACAGGAAGCUCUAGAAAAGAAAGUCAGUCAACUUGAAAGCAUCCUACAUCAAGCGCUCAAAAGCCACGAAUCUGCAGCAAUCAGUCAACCUAACGAAAACCGAGUAUUAUCAACAAAACCCAAGGCGCAUAGUUUUGUAGCCGGUUCAUCGACUCUACAUAGCCCCCCGUUCAAUUUUGCCUACGGUGCCAGUGCAGGAUAUGUCAGGGCCUCGCUAUUACAAGAGCUUGUGGAAUGGGUUCCGCAGCAAUUCAGAUCCUUCGUAAAGUCUUGCAGCAUCAACUACGCAAAGGAUAACAAUAACAAUUUAAAAGGACGGCAAGAGUACGUUACCCUUAUUCGAGUCUACUUCAGUACCUUUAACCAAACCGUUACGUUAUUCGACCAUGAUGACUUCUUUGCACGCUUUUCUGAACUCGAAAUGGAUCAAAUUCGAGCAGAUGCGGCACUCUGGACAGCCACAAAUGUUAUGUGUGCUCUUGCUCUACGUCAGGAGGUGAUGAUACCUCUUCACGGCUGCCCUCGUUCUCGGGCUCAAGAAGCUUGGCAGUACUUACAUGCUGCGCUAGACAAGGCGGUAGAAAUCACGAUUCGUGGUAGUGAAGAUCUGUUGGCUAUUCAAGCGCUGUUAGGAAUGACCAUAUUCCUCCAGGCUUCACCAGACGCACAUCCGGCAUCGACAAUCCUUGCGGCUGCAAUAAGGCUGGUUCUUCAGCAUGGACUUCAUAUUCAGAAAGACGAACAACCACUGGAUCAACUUGACUUUGAAGCUGCGCGUCGCUCAAUCCAGCGAAAUCGUGUAUUCUGGAUAGCAUACUACCUUGACCAUGACCUUGCAAGCAGGCUCGAGCGACCACCUUUGAUACACGAGGAUGACAUUGGUAUCGACCUGCCUCCGUUAUACCCUACCGAUGGACUAGGCUACAUAACCUCCAAGAAUGGCUCCACCAAUAUCAAUUUUAUGCGUGUGCGUGCUCACCUUGCCCUCAUAGAGGGCCAUAUCCAUCGACGACUCAUAUCUGAAAAGGCAAGGCGCCAGUCAGCCAUAGAACGCCAAAUUGCGAUCCAGGAGCUGGAGCUGGAGCUGAGCAGCUGGAAAGCCUCAUCCGCUGACCUGAGUUUUACGCUGGACAAUUUGGACAGCGCUAACACAGAUGGAAUUCCUCGCACGACUUUUGGGGGCGCCGGCAUCUAUUUGCUACGAGUCUUGUAUCUCACCUAUCUCAACUGCCACACUAAUCUGCAUGGGUUUUCCUAUCGAGCCUUGAGGGUGCAAGCCUGGGACCAUCCUCGCUGCCAGAUUCAAGCGUCUGAACCACCCACUCUCCAGCUGUUGCCCUUGGUUCAAGCCAUAGGUGGAGAUGUAGGACCGCCAGGCUGUUGUGUUUCAUCGGCGAGAGCUUCGUUGAACCUAUUCCGCGUUGCUGAUUUCGAUCAAGCUUGUUCAUUGGCCGCAUUGCAUCACCAUGUUACGGCUCUAAUAGUUCUUGUUGCUCAUGCUGCAAAGAAUCCUCUAGCAGAUGAGUCAAUGGCAGACAUCCAGCUUGUUCUACCUGUGGUAGACAUGCUCCAUAAUUUCGACGAGGUUUCAAAAGAUAGCAGCGUCGGAAAGGCAAAGAAGAUAGCUACUCAGCUUGUGCAUGAGUAUGCGCGUCGAGCGUUAUUUGAGUAG